CAACCCCCAACACUGUUAGAUGUUACAUGUUGCGCCUGGUUGCAUGUUGUUGGGAGUUGUUGCGCAAAGUUUGAUACCGGUCAAACUUUAAGCUACCGUAAAAUUCCUCAAAUAAGCCCCGGGGCUUAUAUUUUUCAAAAGCCCUUUUUGAGGGGCUUGUUUUUGGAGGGGCUUAUAUUCGGAGGGGCUUAUGUACAGAGGGAAAUUUGCAUUUCAAAAUGAUUGGGCCAGCCUUAUGGUUGGAAGGAAAUUUACCGUUUUUGCUUUGUUUUACUUUGUAAAGUUGAGGGCAAUUUCUUAUAUUUGUAGAGGCGAUUUAACGCAGGGUUUUUUGCGUUACGUGUUUGGGGGGCUUAUAUUUGGAGGGGCUGAUACAUGGGGGGGGCUUAUUUUCGGAAUGUUACGGUAUGUGCAAACAGACUUAACAACUCCCAACAAUGUUGGGAUUUGUCGGCCAACAAUGUUGCGUCCAUUUGCACAAGGCUUUACAUUUAACACCGUUUCUAUUCCACUGGCAGGUUAUUCACUUUAAGUGAUUUCAGUUAGUUAACAACCACUGGGUGAAGUCAAAUAAGAUUGUUCAGUUUCCCAUGGAAGGCUUUGAUCCUUCAGCUUUACUGGCUAAGCCGUCCACAAAUGGAACAUCAAGUGCCAUUUCGUCAGAUGGCAGAGUCACCACAGUCAAUGUCAAAAGCAGUGAAGAACUGGUAAACGAGGAGGAGACUGAGGAGAGGAAAGAAACAACCACACGGCAGGGGAGUGAAGUGAGUAGAGACAUCGCUCUGUCUGUCUUAUGUGGCAAAGUACUCUUAAGGGUAGUGUUGGGAAUCAGCUGGGAUCUUUCGUAGUCAAUCAUCUGAAGUAAGUGGAUUAACCCAACCAAUCAAUCAUGGAUUAUAAUCAGAGAAAUCUCUUUAUAACAAUUCCAUUUAUUUUUUAUCCUUACUGGCUUAUAAGUGUUGGUGUGUUGGUGCCUAUGAGGUAUGUGCUAUGCAAUUUUUGACCUUCACAAAUAUGUGGUUUUUCUGUCCCCAACCCCCUGCCUUAAUAAAGCUUUCUUAAAGACCUUUUGCCACUCCAUCUAUAUGCUGAUUACUCAGUAUAGAAGAUCUUGAGAUGUCCUUGUUAGCCUGUGUACACCACCAACCCCCUGCCUUCCUUCAAAACAAUCAGGGAGAGAGUCCCCCUCUGAUUUUUUUUUUUCUCCAUUGGGUAUUGUCAUACAACAAAGUAAAUACGGUCUAUUUUGAUGGACCCCUUAAAACUCAUUCUCAUACAGCUGUGGUUAGUUUUAGAGUCUCACUAAUGUAAAUAUUUGUUUAUGAAGAAGUCAUCGUCCCAAAGUUCAGCUGGAGAAAUAAGUUCAAGUCAAGUUGAACUCAACCAAAACAGCAAGCCUCCCUCGCGCCAUUCCUCGUGUUUAAGCCUUGACUCGGCCAAGGUUCACCCGGAAGUGUCGUCAGAGAACUCUGCACCUACCCCCGUAGAAAGACCAAGCACUUCGGACUUCAUUGUGUCAGAUUCUGCAGAAUCGCAGGGUACUCAACGUGAAAAUGUGCGUGAAGUGUUGGCGGCUUCGAGAAGUGAAGGCUCACAAAGUGAGAUACCAACGUACAGGAUAUACGCCAUGUCGGUAUGUCGAAUGAAGGUCAAGUAAACUGUUAGUGGGUCGCAUUGUUCAAAACUCUUUCAGUAUUUCUUACUUACUCUGUUGGGUUUAUUUUAGUGUCACACAGGUGUUCUGGGCGGAGGUCAUUACAUUUCAUAUGCACACAACCCAAACAGCAAAUGGUACUGUUAUAAUGACAGUAGCUGUAAGGUUAGUACUGGAUCAACAUGUUUAAUAUGGCGGUCAUACUGUUUUAAGGGUUUCUAUCAAGUGGUGAACCUUCAUUAAGUGGUCAACUUGCUAUUUCUAGGUUUAUUUUGGUUUGACUGUAAACCAUUUUCACGAUGGCCUUAUUUAACCACAACUAAAGCCUCGAGCAAACCGACGCAACGUUAUUAGCCAACAUCUCUCAACAUUGUUGGGAGUUGUUGUGUCCGGUUGCACGUAGCUAAAAGUUUGACCGGUUUCAAACUUUGCGCAAUAAUUCCCAACAACACUCAAUAACAUGCAACAGGGUGUGCAAACGGGCGCAACAUGCUGGGAGUGGUUGCGUCCAUUUGCGCGUAGUUUAAGAAGGACGCUUUUAGGACCGCCAAUAAGUCCCCGUCUAUGUGCGUCUUAUAGAGAUUGAAAUAAAGGUAGUGAAGAAAGGCAGGGACCAACUCUAGAUGUCCGUCUUAUAGAGGUGUCCGUUAAGAAAGAAUUGACUUAAUUACGACAGUUGUCUUGUAUUAUGGAGGUAACCAGGUUGAUAAUGUUUGUCGUUUGCUUCUCUUGUUUCAGGAAUGUGACAAUACAAAGCUUCAAAAGGACUCGCCCUACAUGUUAUUCUAUCAACAGGACGAUCUAGAGGAAGGAAUGUUUCUUCCCAACUUCAAUGGUCAAACGCCUGACUCAGCCAGCGAUGACGAAGAAUAUGAGAACGAAGUGCGUAGACUGUGCGUCGUUCAAUGAAGAUCCUUGGAGCCGGGGACGGGGGAAGAAUCUUAUAAUUUAUACACAUUUUUUGUAUUGAAAUCUUCAUUCAAUGAAUAGUUACGCGAGCGUAAAUUAUCAGAAAUGUUGUAAAUAUAUCGACACGGAGAAUUUUAUUUUUAAAUGCCUUUAAUGCAGAUGAUGAAAUUAUUGCAACAGUGCGUACAGGGUCGCGCUUCCUGUACAAGUAAAAUUUAGAGUUGAGAGAUGAGAGACUGGCAAACGGGACCAAAAUGCGACUGAGUAGGGAGAGGACGUGUUUGUCGCCUCAGCCUCCCCUCCCUCAUUGUCUUUAGCCCUUUACCUUGGUCUUACAGGGGGUACCCCAUUUCGUACUCUCUCUGACAAGUAUUUGUGUUCCGUGUGCUUUUUGUCCGUCAUUUUUGUGUAAACAUUUUGUUGUUUAUUGUCUUUAUUCCUCAUACUAUGAGGAAGAUAUGGUCCCUUUAAAGUACUUUAGUAAUUUGUACUGUGAAAGAUGAGGACUUCGCGCGCGAAGUUGCUGUACUUAGAAAUAUGCAAAUCAGAAUGGUGUCACGGUAUUCUAUGCGAUCCAGGUACUUCUAUUCUUGUUAUUGUUGCUUCUUUUGAUGUUUUUUCUUUUUGCGCAACAAAACGUUCUCUUAUGAGCUGUCGUUUAAGAAGGUGCCUUUUUUUUUUGUCUCGGCAGCUCAUUUGGGGAAAGUUUGCUGCGGGUCCCUCUCCUAACAUUCGUAUUUAAUUAUUCCAUGUUUAUUCCGGCGUGAUAAGCGAUGACAAUCUAUUUCAAUUGAUAAUAAUCGAUAGUAAAGUUUGUAUUGAACUAGGGGCUCUGAAUUAAUUGUUGUCAAUGUUGUUAAAAACAAACAUUGUAAAUUGAGCGCCCUAUAUUCAACAUAAAAAAACUGACAACAAUAUACAAUAUUCCUAAUUCAGCACGAAAGAGUUGGAAAAAUAAUGCGAAAAAUCCAAGUCGUGGAUCGAAAACAGAUUGAAAGAGAGUGUAAAUUUAUGUGGCCCAUGCUAGCCGGGCCGGUAGGAACGCCUGAAGUACUGUGAAAAUUUCCGCGUUAUUUUCAAGUGUACGCCACGCGCAAAUUCUGCAGUUAUUUCAGGCUGAGAUUGUUAAGAUUAUCGAAGUAGUAACCAACGACCUUAUAGUGGAAUUAUUCCCUUCUCUUGUUUCACCACCGUGACAUCAAGUGUCCAACUGCCUUGCAGAAAAAAAAAAUUACAUCUAGUGAAGCCAAUUCUUGAUAACACAUCCAGUCCAUACUUAAAUGGUCUCCUCUUUUG